ACAGGAGGGUGGCAGUCCCUAGCCUACCAUCAGAACCUUCCUAAACACAAUUAUGUUUAUUUUUUAAAACUCAUGUCUUUCAAGUCUGUUCUUAGCAUUUUUUGUGACAUGAAUUGCUAGUCUAGGGGUGGUUGUGUAUGCUUGGGUUGACACUAAGCUAUGACUGGUGAGAGUGUUAGAGCUGGUGUGUCUCAGUUGGAAACACACCUGAGUGGAAUGGGAAUACACACACACACAAACACACAUACAUACAUAUGCACACACUCAGACACAAAUGCACAUCACAUAGAUUACUGUACUAAGGUACACAUAUAUUACUAUACUAAAAAUAGGUGCUCAAAACCACUUUCAGGGAUACGCACGCUCGCAGGCAUUUUCACUUUCAAUAAGCAUGCUGUCAGUAAUCUCACUGUUUCUAAAGCCUGCUCUUGUGAAGCCUCAUCUUAGCACACCUGUCUCUGUCUCAUUGCUAUAUGACCCACUUCCAUCUCUGUUGGGCAGCUUUCUCUCUGUCCUUAACUGACUCCUUCCUUCCCCUCCCUUUCUCCCAGUCUCUUGUCAGGCUGUAACUGUAGCCUCUCUCUCUCUAUCUCUCUCUCUUUCUCACACUCUCUCUCUCUAUCUCACACACUCUCUCUCUCUCUCUCUCUCUCUCUGAUGUAUAGAUGCUGCAUUGAUUCCACACAAACCACCCCCCAUCACUGAUAUGCUCUCAGCUGCAGAACUUCUUAAUUUCAGCCUUGAAAGGAAGACAAGGAAAGGGAGGGAGGGAGAGAUAGAAAGAAAGCAGAAGAGACGGGAAACUGGAGAGGGAGGGAGGGACAGAUAGUGAGCAACAAAGAGACAGAACUGGACAGGAAGGGAAAGAUAGAUAGUGAGCAGGAGAGAGAGAAACAGAGCUGGGGAUAGAAGGAAUGAUAGACAGAGUGGGAGAAAGGGGGCAAGAAACAGCUGGAGAGAGAGGGGGGUUAGAGACAGAGAGGGAGAGAAAGUGAGGAUUUGGGUAUGAUUUUCUGGGGUGCAUGAACAUGAAAAAUCUAUAUUAUCCGUGCCUGGCGAUACAUCUUCCUACAAACUGAGGACCACAGAUCCCCCCCCAGCUGGUCCAGUCCCUGGUGAAAUCAUGUCCCAGCUCCUGCAGGUUGAGAUCCCAAACUUCGGCAGCACAGUGCUGGGUAGCCUGAAUGAGCAGAGGCUGCUGGGACAGCAUUGUGACGUCUCCAUCGUGGUGAACGGGCAGAGCUUCCAGGCCCACCGCUCGGUGCUGGCCGCCAGCAGCCUAUACUUCCGCGACCUGUUCAGCGGCAGCUCCAAGGAGCAGUUCGAGCUGCCGUCGUCAGUGGCGCCUGCCUGCUUUGCGCAGAUCCUGUCCUUCUGCUACACAGGGCGCCUGACUAUGGCGGCCAGCGAGCAGCUGGUGGUGAUGUACACGGCGGGGUACCUGCAGGUGCAGCACAUCGUGGAGAGGGGCAUGGAACUCAUGUUCAAGGCUAACUCCCCACACUGCGACUCCCAGAGCACCGCGCAGGAUGACCCUGGUUCUGAGCCCCACAGCCCCCCCCCGGCACCCACCCUGGGCCCUCCUGGCUGGUCACUGUCGGCGCCAUUGGCAACGGCAGGCAUCCGCAGGAUCAAGCAGGAGGCAGCCGAAGCCCCCGUGACGGCGCAGGGGACCGGGGUCAGGCGGGGCGAAGGGGCCAUGGGGGCCCGGCCUCAGAGGAGUGGCUCACUGUUUUACACGGGGGUGGGGGGCCUGCAGCCAUAUCCCCUCACCCCUGGGGAGGGCUCAAGUCCGGGAGCCUCCAGCCUGCCCCCCACCGACAGCCCCACCUCCUACCAGAACGAGGAUGAGGAGUUUGAGGAAGAGUCAUAUGACAGCUUGGCCGAGGACGCGUACGGACAACUCUAUAGCCGCUCUGCCAGCACAUAUGCCAUCCAGGACAAACUGGAGGUGUCGGGCAUGCCCCUGUCGCUGGAGAGCCGCUCCUGCGUGCUGCUUCGCCGGGACCUGGUGUCACUGCCAGCCAGCCUCAUCAGCCAGAUUGGUUACCGCUGUCACCCCAAACUCUACACCGAGGGGGACCCUGGGGAGAAACUGGAGCUGGUGGGAGGCACUGGCGUAUUCAUGACCCGGGGCCAGCUCAUGAACUGCCACCUGUGUGCUGGAAUCAAGCACAAGGUGUUACUGCGCCGACUUCUGGCCACCUUCUUUGACAGGAACACACUAGCUAAUAGCUGUGGGACAGGAAUACGUUCCUCCACCUGCGAUCCCAGCAGAAAACCACUCGACAGCCGUGUGCUCAACGCUGUAAAACUUUACUGUCAAAACUUCGCCCCCAACUUCAAGGAGAGCGAGAUGAACGUGAUUGCAGCGGACAUGUGCACCAACGCACGACGCGUGCGGAAGCGCUGGCUUCCCAAGAUCAAGUCCAUGCUGCCUGACGGAAUGGAGGUGUGCAGGGGCGGGGCCUCCACGAAUGUGGCACACGUGAUCGCCAGCCAGGCCGGGUUGGCCUUGCCCUUCGAGGCCGACUUCAAAGCCCUGGUGCCAUCUGGCCUAAACUUCGAGCAGCAGCUGUACAGGGAUCGCAAAGAGACCCAUAGAACUCACCUGCAGCUUAGCAGGGUCAGCCCAGGGGUAGGGCCUGCGAUGGAAGGGGUGGAGCCUGAGCUGAAUGCAGCCCAGGUGGAGGAAGAGCGGGAGGGGGAAGAUGAGGCUCCCUUGGAGGGUGCAGAGGGUUCGGCGGGUGUGAAUCUGCCUAGUCCCAAGGAAGAGGUGGGGGACAGGGCGGGGGGUAGGGGCUGCCAGCCCUCCUCCCCUGAGGGACAGCAGGGGGAGCAGACUGGAGAGGGGCUGAGGGUAAAUGUCCAGUGAGUCCCCCUGUCUGCCCAACUCACUGUUCUGCCCAUCAAAAGGGCCUUGCAACCUUAUAAAUACAGAUGAUACACGCAUAACCACACUAAGGAGCAGAAACACUCAUACGCACACACACACAGUUUGGGGGGUUAGGAAAGUUUCUGAGAAAUGGGCAGAGAGAUGAAUACUAGUUCAUGGAAAACACUGUGAAAAACAAACAGCAGGACAGUACCCAGAAUAGAUUGGAGCUUGUAAGAAGUUACUACUUCUACAAGAUCAGUGGACUGAAGUAUCCGUCCAUCUACACACGGAUUUCAUAAUGUGUACAGCGACAGUAAUAAUGAUGAAACUGACUUCAUUGACUGUAGAUAUUAUACUGAAAUGCAGUAAACUGGGCGGACUGAAGUCGGGAGAACACAAUCGCAUGUUUUUUUCUGCAUUUACGUGGCAGAGCACAGCAUUCUGAAGAAAGAAGGGAAAUUGCUCUGCUUAGUGGAGGAUGAGAAACUUUGGUCUAAAGCAGAAUUACUUGACACUUAAGGGUCAACAAAGGUUUGCCAGUGAAAACAGUGAGAGAUGGCUGCCGUAGCAUUUCCUCAGCAGACUGCCUUAUAAUGUUUUUGCUUUAAAAGUUUGAGGCGAUGCAUAGAGGACUGGACUGGCAGCUUUUGUGUGUUUAAUCCCUUGUCAGAAAAGCACUGUCUCAGUGUGGAGAGAAUUAAUGCUGUUAGUGUGUGGGAACUUCCCUCUCCCCCAAACACACUCACACACACACACACAAACACACACACACGCAUGCAAACACACACCCGCACACACACGAACGCACGCCCAUUCUGACUUUCUGAAACACACACUCACACAUGACCUGAAAUAUACUGACACAUACACACACAUACAAACACAUGUGCAUACACAUACACACUCAUGCCUAGUGAGUGGAGAAUGAAACUUUGAAAAAAUAUUCAGAGCUACCAUUUACUAACAGUGACUCACUGAUUUAAAACUUUUUAAAUCAUUGUGUGGAGGGAACAUUGAUUGUUUAAAGCCAAUGAGUGAGGUACUGUAGUUCCACCCCAAUAUGGGGUUAACAAAACGUCAUUCUGGUAUGCUGAUUGGAGACUCUAAAUUGCUCAUAGGUAUGAGUGUGUGAGUGAAUGGUGUGUGUGCCCUGCAAUAGAUUGGCGGCCUGUCCAGGGUGUAUUCCUGCCUCUUGCACGCUGGGAUAGGCUCCAGCACCCCCCGUGACCCUGCUCAGGAUAAGCGGGUAUAGAUAAUGGAUGGAUGGAAAACCUCAUUCUCCCAUCACUACUCAUGCCUUCUCAGAUCCCACUUAUACACAAGUGCACACAGUCUCCAAAAGACAAACUUUUGCAUGCAAAGCUAAUCAAGAAUAAAAGAAUCAAGCCAUUAACUAAUGUUCAAGAGAAAAGAAAAAGUGCUGCAGUUGCCUGAAGAUGUGCUAUUAAUUAUUGUCAAUGAUUAUGAGCCCCCCUUUUUUCAGUUGAAACUUACAGAUGAGGAAAGAUUCAGGUGAGGAAGCUAAGGUUUAGCGUGUCAAAGUGUCAAACCCCAGAGCUGAAGCAGACUCAGAGGCUUUUAAACUGAGCACGCUCUGUGUGUUUGAACUUUGGACUCUAUUGAUAAAAAAAUACCCUCAGAAAUCCCAUUGGCCAAUAGCAUUUGCACUAUGAGAGGUGAAGUCUUUGUGAAUGGAUUGUGGGGUAGGGCACCACAAAUGUUUACUCUCGAAGGGUCACUUUCGGUUUCCUGCCCUUGAGGCCAUGCGCAGGGAUAUGUACUGGCCAAGCAGUUUGUUUGGAGUAUCUUUCAAAGGCAUUUUUCUAUUUAUCAGAAGAUCCAGGGGCAUAAUUAAUGCUUAAAUGCUUCAAGUUAUUUGUACGACAAACGUAGUUCCUGUGUUCUUUCUGCCUUACUCUGCCCACCACGCUCCCCCAUUUUUAACCUAAUGUAAACUCUGACGUACAUCUGUACUUUGCUUUCUCCCAAAUACCAUUAUAUUGUAUUUAUAUACUAUGAUUUCUGCUCAGAGGGAAUGACCCAGUAGCUGUUUUACUUUGAGAAUGCUUCAAUUUGCACAUUUGCCUUCUAUUUACAAGGGUAGAAUUUUUCUGAAGUCACAUAAAAUUUUACUUGUCGCAUAAUACUUUACUUGUCUGUGUGUGCGCGUGUAUGUCUGUGUGUGUGUGCAUGCAUGUGUGUGUGUGUGUGUUGGGGGGGGGGGGGUCGUUCAGUUAUGAUGCACGUGAUUGUUAAAUUCCAUAACUUGUGCUGAAAAUGUCCCAUAUUAUUAGGCCAGUUUUCCUCCUGUAGGAAGUAGCACUGUCAUGAGCUAGACAGGUUUUUAUUGCACCGAGGGAAAAACAUGUAUAGCAGUGUCAGAGAAAUGACAGUUUAAAUGUUGGCUGUAAAAGUGUGUGUGUGUGUGUGUGUGUUUUUAAAAUAUCUUUAUACAAUGCCCUCCAAAAUGAUCCAUACCCAUGAUAUACAUGAACAAAAAAGACAGUAUAAAAUACAUAAUACAAGUACUGAUCUGUAUUUAAGUCUCAAACAUGGGAAAUAUUCCACGUUAAUUAUGAAAUUAAAAUAAAUGUAUGAUUUUUUAAAACCUUUAUUUUCUUAAAUGUCAGAAAUAUUUACACCCUAGUUUUCAAUAUUCUACCAUCCCUACUUUUACACUCCUCUUCUAUAGUGUUCUAUGAGGUUGUUGAACACAUUGGUACCCAGACUUGGACUACUUUUCAAUUCGAACCACAACCUUUUUAUUAGGCUCAAGUCUGGAGACUGAGAUGACCAUUGCAAAACAAUUCAACUGACAGUUAAUCUUGUAUAUUAACUGGAGCUUGGUCAGUUAAUUCUGUAUUCUUGAAUUCUGAUAGUCCUUGCCGAAAGAUCAAUUUUCAACCUAGUUGGAGCCUUUGGGCAGGACAAAUCAGGUUUUUGGCCAAAGUGUCUUGCUGGAGUUCAAGAUUCCAUUGACCAUAACAGGAGCAUCAGAGCUAGGAGAUGCAAAAUAACCCCAUACAAUCAAUGAUCCAUCAUGAUAUUUCCAUGUAGGUAUUACAUCCUUUAUGACUUAAGCACUCUUCUUUCUAUGCCAAACCCACUGCUGGUCUUAAAUGAUCGAAAAGCUUGAAUUUGAUCUAAUCUGUCAAAAACGUGCAAUUCCAGUCAGACCUUUUCAUUUAGCAAACUCCAGAUUUUUGAAAAGAGGCCUCUUUCUGGCAAUCCUUCCAAAAAGCCAACUGACUUGGAGGUGGUGUCUGACAGUAAAUGUGGAGAUUGUGAGCCUAAGAUGAAACCACGUUCUGUAAAUCUCUAGCUCUUAUAUAGGGGAGACAUAGCUCAGGAGGUAAGAGCGGUUGUCUGGCAGUUGGAGGGUUGCCGGUUCGAUCCCCCACCCUGGGCGUGUCAAAGUGUCCCUGAGCAAGACACCUAACCCCUAAUUGCUCCCACCAAGCUGAUUGGUAUCUUGCUUCGCAGCCUUUCACCGUUGGUGUGUGAGUGUGUGUGUGAAUGGGUGAAUGAGAGGCAUCAAUUGUAAAGCGCUUUGGAUAAAAGAGCUAUAUAAUUGCAGUCCAUUUACCAUCUUGAAUGUUCCUUUGCUUCCAAACCAUGAGCCUCACUGUGCAAUGGUGCAGAUACACUUGUGUCCUCAACUGGGCAGGUUUACCACUUUUACAGCUUAAUUAAUUGACCUAACAGCAGAAAGUGCUAUCUAUAGCUGUGCCAUUUUUAUUUGCAACCAUCUCCUGACUUGCAAUGUUCAGCAACCUUUAAUUUAGUUUCUUCUGAGAUUUCUUUAUGUCAGAUGGAUAACAUAUGGAUUUCUACAUUUGUGUUACCUUGUUUUUAGUGGACCAGAAAGCCAUAGGAGGCCAUGUUACGGUUCCCACAGAUGUUAAUGCCCAUUUAUUUUUAUUGGAUUUUAUUAAAAAGAAUUAUUAGGGGUAUUAAUAAUUGACAAAUAUCUUUUUGGAAGAACGUUUUUCUGUGAGCAAUUGUAUACACAAAUAUACUUCUUCCCAUUCUUUUGAACAUACAACUAAUUAUAAGUAUUGUUUAUUGUAUAGCUGUAUAGCUUUUUUUUUGCUCAUCUUUAUGAAGCAUGUGAAUAAUUUUGGAGGGCAUUGUUUGUGUGCAUGCCUGACUGAAGGAUUGCUUCAUUGCCAAAAUUUCCCAGAGGUUGACAGUCCUGGAUCAUUCCUUCUUUCUGAGGAGUUUGUGCUAAGUUCCCUGCAUGUUUGUUAGUUGUUGUCAUGUCAGUGAACAGGUCUUCCAAUGUAAUUUGUCAAAUACGGUCCCUAAGACGCUAAAUGCUUUAAUACCUCCAGUCCUCUUUUACUCAAAACUAAACUGAACUUGUCCUUAAAACAAUACACUUGGAGGGACACAGGUGCAAUACUCUUAAUCGCUAUUACUAUUUAGGCUGAUUAGAAUCACAGAAUGUUCUAUCAACAGAAAGAGGGAAAUUGACCUUUCUGCCACCCACAGGCAAACCCUGGAGUGUUUGUAUCUGUGUGUGUGUGUGUUUGUGUGUAUGCCCGCGUGUGCAUGUGUGCUUGUGUGUUCAUAUCCAUGUUGUGCCUGAAGUCCCUUGGCCUGUGUGUUCAAGGGGAGCCAAGUUUAGUGCUGUGGGCAUUCAAAGCAUAUUUAUGGAUUACUCUAUAUAAACUGGAGGAGAUUAGACUUGAUGAGACAGACUUGGCAGGCAGUUGUGUGCUGUGUAUCAUGAUGUUCUCUGCACAAAAUCACAAUUUCUCACCAGCAAGUAUGAAAGGAGCUAGGCCCUGUCACCUUAAGACACAUUCUCAGUUUGUAUACCCAAAAUAAAAGGAGAAGAAAGAGGAGUCAAAGAGAGAGUUAGAAGUUAUAGAAUUGCUUCUCCUUGACUCUAUACAGGCCUUGGAGUACCCAUUAUUUGACCUGGGACCCACAGAGUUAGAACUGGUUUUACUUGGGUUAGAAAUACUGUAUAUUGUAUAAGGGGACAUGAAGCACUUAAUAUGACUUGGUUCAUUUGCUUUUUACCAUGGAUAAGACCAAGCCCUGCACACAAAUAUGAACCCGUAUUUGCUUGAAAAAUUUUUUUUUGCAGAUACUAGGUUGUGACACCACUUGGUUGAUUUGUCUGAGCUAUUCCUAUUACUAGACUGCUGACUGUCAAUGAGCUGAAAAUGAGUAUUACUAAACAAAACGCAUUCAAAACUGCCCACCUGGAUGCAUCAGUUCCUCAUAGCAGGUAGCCAACUAUCAGCCAGCAAGCCUGUCUCUUCUACUCAUAGACCAUAGUAGUUUUGCCCUCCCACCCAACCACAGUUUCUGGCUUGCGGUUUGUGGUCUGUAGAACAAAUCAUCCGCAUUCAUAAAAAACCUUCUUCUCCACAUAAUCUGUCUUAAUAACAAUGUGAAUAAUAAAGUGGUCACUGCAGACUCGUCACCCCGUCCCACAGUUGGACCCAUUUCAGAGCAGCCAGCCAGCAGCGCAGGUGUGGUCUCGUAAAAAAAAUGAACCGGAAUCAUAUUACUGAGUGCUUCAUAUUCCCUUCAAGGUAGCAGAAUAGCUCAUGGAUUUUGGGAAUAGCUGCAGACAUAGGGAAUACUGGGAAUUGAUUUUUUUCAGAGCUUGCACUAUGUCUGGAUAUAUCUGACUGUAAUUGCUGCCGACAUGUGAGGUGAACCACCCAAUGCAAAAUCAAGUGUAAAUAUGACAUCAAGUUCAGACAGUUUAUAUGAUCCCCAGGUUAUGAGCUUUGUACAUAGAAUCUCCAGGGUUAUGGAGAUAGCAGUAAAAAUGUAUGGAUGAAUGUAUGUGUGUAUGUAUGCAUCCACUUAUGUCUCUAAUGUGCGUGCAUGCACCUCCGUGUGAGAAUUAAUCUUCCGUAUGUAUUUAUGUACCAUAAUCAGAUAUCACAGAAUGAAGUCUGUAUUGAACGUUAAUAACAAUGUAAUGCACUUUACAGUUUUUAGUGAGAGAGAUAUGAGAGGAGCCCUGAAGAAAGUGCUCAGAGCAAUGAAAAUCAGGAGGAGAAAGGAGGCCCAUUGCAUUGUGGGCAAUGCAGCUGUGAACAGCAUAUGAGUCAGUCUGGCAGAUGCUGGUGUUUGAGAGAGCCACCUCACCCUUAAAGUUUGGUGCUUUCAUUGUGCCUGUGACUGUCAGACACCAGUGGACUGAUCCUCACAUACGAUUGACCGAGCGAACGAAGAGGAGUGAGAGACUUUCCACUUUUGAGCAAGACUUUCAAAGAGACUUUUUGAAUUCAGCGGGGGCCAGAAGAACCGAAAUAUCAAUUUUUAGGAGAGUUUCCUGCCGCUGGACACUUCCCCGGACCAGCGAGGAUGUCACUGAUGCGCUUGGCCAGACAAAACACAUCAUAAGCAAGAGCAGUGGAAAAAAAGAGCAAAAAUUCUACCUGUCAUGCAUCAUAAAUACAGAGCAAUUUAUUGUUAUCUCCUGCCUUUGUGUUUAUUUCAAAGAAGCCUUCAACCUCUCUGGUUUAGUCACAGCGUGAUGGGGGUGAGAGAGCAGUGUAUUAUUUCAAAUGCAAUACUCAUUUGCUUUUUAAUAAAACUUACUGCAGCAGUCA